UUCACAGAAACCCUUCAUUUCUUGUUUCUGUUUCCUUGCAAGAGCAUGAAGAUGUUGAGCCGGAUGUUCAUCCUGUGUAUUGCUCUGAGUGGUGUCAGCAAUUCAGCAGCGCUGAUCACUGUGUCUGGAUAUGAAGGAAAAGCAGUGGGUAUCUCUUGUUCCUAUGGCAUGGGUUAUGACUCUUAUGAGAAGUACCUGUGCAGGAAUGACUGCGGUAGCAAUGAUGUUCUUGUAACGACGACAGAAACAAGUAAAAACAGAUUCUCCAUCUACGAUGACAAAGAGAAACGAGUCUUCACAGCCAGUAUUACUGGUCUCACACUAACGGAUGCUGGGAAGUACUGGUGUGGGGUGACCAGGAAUGGGAAAGAUAUCUACACUGAAGUAAAGCUGCUAGUCGGAAAAGACAGCUGCUGUGAUCAAUCUACCAGACUACAAAGUUAUGAGGACGGCUCAGUGGACUUGAUUUGCCCGUACAAGCAGAAGGACCAAGACAACCUGAAGUACAUCUGCAGAGGAAACCAGUCCUCCACAUGUCUGCAGCAGGCACUGGUCACAUCUGAGUACAAACAAAAGGGAUACUUCAGUCUGGCUGAUAACAAGAUGUCAAUGAAAUUCACAGUGACCAUCACCAGUUUGACCCGGAAGGAUUCUGGGCCGUACCUCUGUGGUGUCCAAAGAAAGUCCGACCUGGAUGUUUUCACUGCUGUUAGUCUGGAAGUCAAUGAGUGGUGCUGUGUGGAGUCAAGUGAACUGAGCGGCAUUGUGGGGCAUCCUCUUUCUAUACAGUGUCCCUACCCACCUCAACACUGGGAUAACAGAAAGUUCCUUUGCAAAGGAGACCACCGCAAAAACUGCACAGAUGUAAUGACUCAGAGCAGGUUCUCAUUACAAGAUAAUGUUUCUUCAAGCUCUUUCUCGGUGAUGAUCACAAGAACCAAAGUAGAGGAUGCCGGGACAUACUGGUGUGGUUCAGACUCACAGUGGGCAGUGGGAAACUUCACCAAGAUUCAUCUGUCAUUAGAUGCAGAACACUUCCUCUCUGUGGGUGUCAUGUUGCCCACUGUGGGUGCCAUCGUCCUAGUCAUACUGAUCAUUUCCGUGGUCAUAAUCUAUAAAUAUAAGUGUCGCAGAGCACAAGGAACCAAAAUCCAAGAGAAGAGGAACCAAACCAAAGUGGCAGGAGUGGAGGAAGUGAUCGAUGUGGCAGAUAUUUAUGAAAAUCAAGGCGCUGCAGCUUGCUCAAAGCAGGAGACCUCCAAAUGGCACAGCUCCUGUCACCAGAACGACAAUGAUGAUGUGUACCAAAACUGCUCUACAACAGAAGAUAUGUACUGUAACCAGUUUUACUUGAAGACAGCCAAGAGAUGAGCAGCAUGGGAAUGAAUUAACCGAGUCCAGAAGUUGUAUAUAUCUUGUAUAUCUUGUAAUUAUAAAUCUGUGGAUAACCAUUUCACUAGAAAUACCUAGUUGUAAGUUAAUAUGUUAACAUGUGGUAGUUAAUGUUAUGUAUAUGUAUCUCAGACCUUUUCUGUCAUGCCUCCCCUUGGAAGAGGACUCCCCCACCCCCCAGUUCACUAUGAAGUAUUGUGUGUAAACAGAGGAAUCAGUUGCACUUUCCUUUUCUAUAUUCACCAAUCAUAUCUUCUUCAAAUGCUACCAUUAAACUAUCUAAGAGA